AUUGGUCAAAAAACGCAACGCGCGGAACUUUGUGAGAGUGGGACGUCCUCUGUCAACAACCGGUUCACAUAACCUCCCAAGCGUUCACGUUAGCGUCCCUCCAUGAGCCGAGAGUACCAGCAGUUGCUUCUUCUUCUUCUUCUCCCGGGUCGUGGCUAUGGAGGGACGCUGUGCUGUCGAGACUUGGGCACAGUUAGGGUUUUCGGGAGGAUCUAGUAAAAUAAAGAUCCUCUGUGGUUUUGGUGAAAAUGUUUUCAUCUGCACUGGCACCGAAGAAAUCUAUGUCUUCAGUAAACGUGAGAGAAAAGUCACGGCUGUCCUCCAGUUACCCGGUCCUGUUAGUGACCUGGUUGGAAACCACGACAAGCAGCUAAUCUAUGUUGCAUGUAGGAGUGGAGUUUACUGUGUCAACUUACAAUUUCUGCUACACAGGGAUCAAAGCACUCAAGCCAAUACAUCCUCCAGUCCAGCUGAGCUGAAAAUCUCUCCUGAGCUUCUUGUCACUGGAACAGAUGGAGUGUCAUCUCUGCUCCUCGUUGGCUCUGUGCUCCUGACCCUUUGCCAGAGAGACACCUCCUGGCUGUUGACUUUGUACAAAACACCAAUGCAAACAGUGCCCAGCAGCUACGAGGAGUUCGGUUCGUUCAGUCUGCCACUGAUCUCAGCUGUCGGUUGUGGUGACGCUGAGUCAAAGAGAGGACCGAGAAGGAGUUCUGUGCUGAUUUGCAUACAUUCUGGUGAUGUGGCAGCACCGUCUUCCUCCCCUACCUCAGUGAAGUCAACUGCAGCUCAAGACCACUUCCACCUGGAGCCUCUCCUCUUCAAACUGUUGUUUGGAGUCGAAGCUGCCCUCGCCAAAUCCCCGGUCAUCCUUUGCGGCCUGCCGGACGGGCGGCUGUGCUUCCUCCCUCUGCGUCUCCCGGGAUCGCGCCUUCGAGUUCUGCACAGCCUCGAGCAGCCGGUCUGUUUUGUCGGAGCAUCUGUUGUCAUGGAAACGGGUCACUCACAGUGCUUGGUUGCUGCGGGUGAACGAGGCAGAGUGGUCCUGAUCAAGACUGACAAGGCAGGUGCAGAGGGAGAAGGCAUUGUGGCUGGUUUUACUGAGGGGUGCGUACCGGGGCCUGUGGCGUGCGGCUGUGUGGAUAAAAGCUGUCUUUACUACAGCACUGGUUCAGAUCUGCUACAGCUGGAUCUGUCAGAGGGAUCAUCUGGAAGGGAGAGCAAAGGAAGAGGGGAAGAGACAUCUAGCAUGACGGCGGCUGUCCUUCAAAGCCCCACCAGUUUAAAUGUGUGCAGAGUCAUUGCCCUAGCUGAGCCUGCAUGCAACACUGCAGGUGAUGUUCAGCUGCUGGGAGUGUCAGUCAGAGGGCAGCUCCAGAGCAUCAGCUUACCUGUGAGGAGAGAGGAUGCAGGAUUGUCUAAGCUGCCGUCCACACAGGUGGGCCGCAGUGUCAGGGACCUCCUGUCUGCCAUCGGGGAUGUUUGUGAAAGAGCGUCAGUGCUGAAAAUGGCCAUCAAAUCCAAAAACCAAAUUCUGAGGCGUCUGAAUCACGUGGUCAGCAUCAGUUUCCUGCUGAUGUCCAACUCAAAUACUGAUCUUCCCGUUCAGGAGAAACCACUCAGAUGUCACGCCGAGACUAGCUGGAGCAGACUCCUUCAAAAAGACUCCUUGAACCUUGUGUGUGUCCUGCAUAAUUCAAGUCCUUUUGUCCUGGAACAAGGCUGGACACUGAGCGUCACUGUGUUCCCUCUGUCCUGUUCUUCCUCUGCAGGAGGGGAAAGCUCCACUAAUUUUUCAUUCCCGUUCCACAACCUCUGUCCAGGAGAAGCAUUUGAAGUGUCUCUGCCCAUAGCAGAUGCAAGCAACGCAUCCUUCCCCAUGACUGUGAGCUGCUCAAUCAUAUUCUCACUCUCGAGUCUUCUGGGAGAGGAGGAGGAGGAGGGGGCGAGCUUUCCAAGCUGUAUCAGUUUGCCCUUGACCACACUGACCGUGGACUGGCUUCAUGCCCUGCAGGUGAACAGUCCCACAACUACCCAUAAGAUGGCCACUGUUCAGCCCAGCAGCAUCGCAGCAGAUGCCAUCCAAACCUUUUUAAGCUCACGCCAGGUCAGGUGCAGUGGUCGAAUGGACAGAGGGGGAGAAAGUGCUACAAAGCCUGAGCCUGAGAAGUAUUCAGCAAGUGUACGGGUGUCAUCGGAGUUCCUGAGGGAUAAUUUGGAUACCAAAGGGCAGAAGCGAGACCUCGAAGAUCUCUACCCGUCUUUGCUUGAGUGGCUGUUGUCUGAAGAUCUUGGAGGAGUGAAGAUGGGAUACCGAGGAGACAAGACUGCUUUGAACACCUCAGUGGUCCACGCUCGUGGUCCCAACGGAGCAUCAGUGAAACUGACAGCAAAAGAGACAAAUGUAGGGGAGGAGAGCACAGGCAAGGAGGCCACAAUAGAGGUUCAGAUUGAGAGCUCGUCUAUAGCAGCGGUGUGUGGCCUGCACCAUGCUGUGCUGCGCCGGAUACAGACUCUGCUGCAGAAAGCUGCGGAGAAAGCUGCCUCCACAAAGAAUGUCCAGAUUUUCGGAUUAAGACGGGCACUGCAGCGGGCCGAGAUCCAGCAAAGUCAGAUCUCAGGAGCCUUUGGUGAGGUCAUGUCCGCAGUGCAGAGAAACCGACGGCUUCUCAGCGUUUACCAAGAACUCAGACAAAAUCCUCUGCUCGUAACGUAACACCCACACAGCUGCCCUUUCUUGUCUGCUGUUGUGUAAUCUGACUUUGCUGCCAGCCCUUGUCAUGGUGCAAAGUACAUAUAAUGUGUAUAAUGUGUAAUAAGAGGGAUUAUUUUGGUAAUUCAC